AUGUUGUACAAGAAGAAGGUUCAAUGCUACUCUUGUAAGAAGUUUGGUCACUUUGUUGCUGAUUGUUGGUCAAACAAGAAAAGGAAAUCAAAAGAAGCAAACAUAGCCAGAGGAGAGUCUAAUGAUGAACCUGUGUUAUUAAUGGCUUCUGAAUCUGAUUGUGAAUAUCUGGUAGGAUGGUGGACAAAAUUCAGAUGUGCUGAUGAUAAGUAUCUGAAUACUGAAGGAAUGGGAAAUGUCAAGGUUAGAGUGAAGAAUGGCAAAACUGUUCUGAUCAAGGAUGUUUGGUAUGUUCCUGGCAUGAAGAGUAAUAUGAUGAAUAAGCUUAUUAUGAAUUCUGAACAAGGAAGCAACAAAACCUUCAAAGUGAAGGUUGAAAUAGUUGGAACUAAAUGUCUUAGUACAGAAGGUGCUGAAGGUUACAGUGAGUUAUGGCACAAGAGAUUGGGGCAUUUGAACUUCAAAAGCUUGGGGCAUAUGAGUUCUAAGAAGUUGGUACAUGGCAUUCCUAAGACUGUGAAACCUGAGAAGUCAUGUGAGAUAUGCAUGAGAGGUGAGCAACCUAGAUUUCCAUUUUCAUUAGAAGUGGCUCCAAGAGCAAAACAUGGUUUAAGAGUAGUGCACUAUGAUGAGAAGAAACUCCCUCACACCUUAUGGGGAGAUGUCGUUGCCACUGCAGCAUAUGUUCUCAACAUAUGUCCAACCAAGAAACUGAAGGAAAUUGUUCCUUUUGAUAAGUGGAUUGGAGAUAAGCAAAGUAUGCUAAGAGAAGGAAGUUGGAUGAAAAAAGAAGAGCCAUGUUGCUUGUCGGAUUUUGAUGAUGAUCCAGAUUCUGGUGGUAAUCAUGCCUCUAAAGGUGAUCGAGCCUUUGAAGGGAGUUGUUCAGAUGAUAUAACUGAGUCCAAUAAGGUAUUUAUGAAUGAGAUUGAGAUUAGUGAUCUAGAAAACAUGGUAUAUUUUCUAGGGAUGGAGAUUUUGUACUCUGAUAAGGGUAUGAUUUUGCAUCAGUUGAAGUAUGAACUUAAGCUUAUGAAGAUAUUUGAGAAAAUAAAUUGCAAGUCUGCAACUACACAUGCUAAAACAAAUCACAAGUUGGACAAUGAUGUUGAGGGUCAUGAUGUAGAUGCUAUAAAGUUUAAACUGUUGGUUGGCUCAUUGAGAUAUCUCUGCAAUACCAGACAUGACAUAUGCUAUGUAGUUGGAAUGGUGAGUAAGAUUAUGAACAAACCAAAAUGGUCACAUUACCAAGUUGUUGUCAAGAUACUGAGGUAUAUUAAGGGGACUAUGAAGUAUGGAGUUUUGUUCCCUUUUGAUGUUGAAUCUAAUUCAGAGUUGAUCUUCUAUUCAGACUCUGAUUGGGGUGGAGACAAAGUUAAUAGAAAAAGUACUUAUGGAUAUUUCUUCAAGUAUAUGGGAGGUCCCAUUUCUUGGUGCUCUAAGAAGCAACCAAUGGCUGCUGUUACCACAAGAAAUUGA